AUGACUGACAAUACCUGUUCCAUUUGUCUCGAGCCCUUGAUCUCUGCUGAACAUGGGAAAUCCAUUGGCACGGCAGUUCCUUGUGGACACUGCUUUCAUACAAAAUGUUUUCAUCGCUGGAAAGCCAGUCGCCGCACCAGAAUUCGUGUUCCUUGUCCCAACUGCAACAAGACAACGGAUGAUUUCAUCAAGCUCUUUAUCUCUUGCGAUAUCGAGGAUUUACAAUGCCUUCCCAUUGAAGAGCCGCAACCCAAACCUCGAAAGUCACCUGCCGUGGUCAUUUGUCCGUCUCCUCCACGACUAGCAAGUCCAAGCCGCAUUACCCAGGGGGAUCCGCCCAGUACGCCACGGCCAUUGGUAACGGCAAGGAGAAUUUCCAGUGAUGAUACAAUGAAUCGUGCAGCUACGGCACCAUCGGGACGCACUCCUCGUCGUGCGGCUGCAGAACUAUUGGGACGCAAUCCUGGCAGUACUCGAUCCUCCUCGAGACUGUCUCCCUUUCGAGCCAGGGUCCGAGACAACAAUAGCCAAGCACCAGUCAUUUCGAGUCGUCGCCACUCCACUAGAUCCUUGGGCCGAAUGCUUCAACUUUCCAAAAUGGUCAAGGACCUCAAGGUCGCCCAGCAAUCCAUUGUCAAGCAAGUUCAUGAUCAUCGCAAUAUUAUCUUUACCUUGGGAACUUGCCGACAAGAUCAGCAGACCAAGCGCAUUUGCAAACUAAGGGCUAGCCAAUCCAAAUUGACGAAUGACAUGGAAGACCAUUGUGCGGCAAUGGAGGACAUUCCACUGGACAGUUUGCGAAGACGCGACAGCCGACGUAUCGAAGAAAUGCAAUCCGAGUUGGAAGUCAAAAAGACGACGCAUCGAGAACAAUCCGAGUUGGUCAAUACUCUGUAUACCACUCGCCUCACCCAAGAACGAGCUCGAGUGGCGCGACUCCGCGAGGAACAACGCAAAUUGAACGAUACCUUGAGGGACUAUGGUGCCGCCAUCAAGGCGCUCCAUCACAACCGCAAUACGAAUACUGGAGGAAUUCGAUUGCGGGGACGCAAGCAGCGGCACUUGACAGACCGAGUUGGUGCCCUAGGAGAUGCCAUUCAAUCGAUUAAUCUCAACAUGUUGGAACGUGAUCAUGUCAAGAAGAUGAAGCAUGCAGAAGAUGGCUUGAUUGCGUUGGUGCAGAGAGUGGGGGACCAUGGAGCAUCGAUUCAAUCCAUGUGUUCGGUACAUCACUUUCUUGGUACCUUGCUUCCAGAUCAUGAAUGUUGA